AAAUAGCCUUCAACCAACUGCCAAUCAAAUAUAUUUUUCAAACAAAAUAAUAAUCAUUGAUAUAAACCUUUUUUUUUAAUUAAAUACAAAAAAACAAAUUACUAAAAUACUCUAUCCAAACACCAUUUUAACCCAGUUCUGAAGGUUUAACAUCACUUGUAUCAGCCCCCUUCUGUGUAGUUUUCUGCAGCAAAUUCUCACUAAACCAUUGAGGCCUGGGCUUUGGCAUUUCCACUAUCCUUUUACCUUUCCAAUACUCUUGCGGUUGAUUGUCUUUUUCUCCUUCGUACAUUACAACAACUUCUUGUUCAACAGGCUCCAGUUUAAGCUCUUUUUGAAUUGCCUCUUGCAUCAAUUUGGUUUCGUCUAUAACUUUUUUGUAGCAAGUAGCUGAAAACAAUUAUCACUAGUUUAGGAAUAUUUGGUAUAUAAUGUAUUUACGGCAUAAGACUCCUGCUUCGUGAUCGUCUCCGCAACUAUUACAAGUUCUAAUAUCCUUCCUUGGAAGUAGAAUUUUCAAAUCAUAAUCUGGGUUGCCGAAUUUCCUUUUCCAACGUUUCUCUAUGCUUCUCCUAUGUUUAGGGACAGCGAAUAGAAAGCCGUCACCCAAAAUUUCCUCUAAAAUACCUUUUUUCUGUGGUAAAUUCCCAUUUUCCUGGGGCAAAUAAUCCAAACAUAACCUAAAAUCGCCUGUCAAAAAUAGGGUUAUAGAUAGAGGAGUGUCAGAGGGCAAAGCGUGUAGUUGUUAUGUAAUAAGAAGUAGUGCGGUUUACCUGGAGGAUAUCUGCCAGUUAGGGCCCCAAAAAGAGCCCUUUCGAAGCCCUGGAAGGCACUGUUUAACCGAAAAAUUAAGAUUGGUCUACAAACACGGCUGUGCAUUUACUAUGUGAUGGAUAAUUAUACAAAAUACCAAAAAAGUACAACAGUGAUAAUAUUAAACUACAAAGAAAUACCAAAGAAACUCUCUGUUAUAUUUUUUGGAGCUCCGUUCGAUUAGAAAACCAAAAUACCUCAUAUACUUCCACCCUCAGACGUUUGUCAACCAAAUCGAAUUUUAAUAUAUUUGUCUGACUCGCGCCAAGCAUACAAAUAUUUGUCAUUUUUUACUUUCGAUACCUGCGAGCUCGUACCAAAAGAACUAGGUACCCGGUACGACCGGACUUGGUGCUCAUCAAGCGAAAAAACUCUCCAGCCUAGGAGCUGUGCAAAGGAGAGAGAGGGACGCAAGAAGGGGGCUCCUAUCCGAAACCAACGGCGUUUGGUGCUUUCUAUAGAAACAUUGGGUAGUUCAGUCCGCAACUGAGAUGGGUUCCAAAACCAUUUUGAAUGUACGGUUUCACGAAAAAAUCGGUUGCUUGCUUUUCGGUUCGCCCGGUAUACGAAGACGCGCGUGUUCAAAUGACGGGGUGCUAUCUGCUCGGUGGUUAACCCAGUGUGGAUACUUGCGUACUGACUACGAUGGAACUUCUAAAGGAAACCGGCAACAGCGCCAUCCGCAACCAGUUUCAGCUUCACCUGCGCACCCCUUGGUACAUCCUUGCGUACGACCCGAACAUAACUUAACAACCUUGCGUAACUACGCCACCAUGAAUACACAGCAACCAGGACCGAUGCCGGACUACCAAGUGGAUCCCUAUCGGUUGUUGGAGGACGACCUUAAGGAUGUUUAUAGCUAUAUUAAAAACGCUCUUAGAAGAAACACAUACCAAGAAGACCUCUACGAAAUAGCCACAUACUAUUUUGAUGGGAAUGGUAAAGCCAUAAGGCCAAUGGUAACCAUAUUAAUGGCCAGAGCUAUUAACUACCACAUGUAUCAAGAAAAUAGUUCACUUUUGGCAUCACAAAGGGAAGUAGCCAUGAUUUCCGAAAUGAUCCACACAGCCUCACUAGUCCACGACGACGUCAUCGAUCAGUCAGAUUUCAGAAGGGGAAAACCCAGCGUAAACGUUAUGUGGAAUCACAAAAAGGUUACCAUGGCUGGAGACUUCGUCUUGGCCAUAGCAUCUAUGAUGAUAGCAAGACUAAAAAACAACGACGUCACUUUAGUUCUAAGUCAGGUAGUCAGUGACCUAGUCCAAGGAGAAUUCAUGCAGCUAGGCUCAAAGGAAACCGAAAAUGAAAGAUUCGCUCAUUAUUUGACAAAAACUUACAGAAAAACGGCUAGUCUUAUGGCAAAUUCUAUCAAAUCUGUGUCGAUAUUAGCCGGAGCUGAUGAACAACUGUCAGAAUUGUCAUACCAGUACGGUCGUAAUUUGGGUCUAGGAUUUCAAUUGGUCGAUGAUCUUCUAGACUUUGUGUCCAACUCGGCUAUGAUGGGCAAACCUACAGCCGCUGAUCUUAAACUAGGCUUAGCCACAGCUCCAGUAUUGUUUGCUUGUGAAAAAUAUCCAGAACUCAAUCCGAUGAUAAUGCGCCGCUUCCAAGAACCCGGAGACGUAGAGAGAGCUUUCGAAUUAGUCCACAAAAGCAAAGGUCUAGAACAAACGCAAUUUUUGGCCAAACAACAUUGUCAAGAAGCAAUGAGGAUAGCCAAUAUGCUGAAAGACAGUCCUUAUCAAAAAGGAUUGGUCGUUACAGCGGAUUAUGUCCUAAACAGGAUGAAAUAGCGAUUUAGUUGUUAAUUAUAUUAUUUUUUGUAUAUAUAGUUGUGAAGUGAAUGAGAGUAUGAAAGUGAUUGUUCAAUAAAUAGCAGUGUGGGCACAAUUUGAACCAUUUCAUUAUAUAUUAUGACACUGCCAAAAAAUAAAACUUAUGUUUCAAUGAAAUUAAGUACAUACUAAUGAAGAAAAUGUUCCACAAUAAUGAACAAGUAGGCAGUUUUUCCCAGUCUUAUUUAUAUAAGCUAAUAGUUGGGAGAUGAAUGGCGAGUGAAUCAGAAGGAUGAAAAACAAAGUUAUUUUUUAGGAAAACAGUCAAUGCAGUGUAGGUUGAGUCAAAAUUGUUUCAAUUAUUUCUGCUCACCAACUUCUUUUUUUUUUUGGAAUCUACACUGUAUAAUUUUAGUUGCUCAUAAUUAUUAUUAUUGUUAUUAUAAUGUAAUAGACAAUUUAUUUUAUUAUUAUUAUUAUUAUGUAUUAUUAUUAUAAAAAAAAAUAUAUAUUUUGCCAAGAAAUCUUUUUGGAAAGUUUCAAAUUAACAGUUUUAAAUAUGUAAAUACAUACUAACUUUUAUCAAAGUCAUUUGUAUGUAUAUUUUGUUUAAUUUAAUACAAUUCAGUGGUUGUCUUUAUAUGUGAAUGAAGGUUUUCCAAAAUUAGCAUGCUAAUGUCCGUAUUACAUGUGUAUAUUUUUCCGUUUAUUUAUUCAUUCAGUUCAGGGUAACAACCGAAAAACUUCAAACCCAACAUAAAUCAGCAAUAUCAAAAACAAAAUAAUGUUGGCAUCCUGAACUACGUGAAUAAAUACACAGAUGUAAUAUGGGCAUAACAAAGCAUUAUUUAUUGGUCAUUAAUUAUCAGACAAGCUAAGAGAUUAUGUCAGCCCAGCCGCUCCAAACUGUUUUUUUCCAAAAUCAUUAGUUUACUUCCUUAAAUAAUUAUUGUCAAGUUAUCGGAAUUGUGAUCUUUCAGUGUGCUAGGAAUCUCAUAAAAAAAUAUAGUUAUCACCAAUCACCUUCACCUAGAUAUUGAUUAAAUAUAUUUUGACAUUAGAUUCCUUUGCAUUAUAAAAUAUUCCUUCCUACCUACCUACUCAAUUGUAUUUUAUAAACAAUAACGAAUAUUGAAAUGCUCUUUAUAAGCCCUCUAUUUAUACAUUUCAAAAAUGUACAUAUAAUAUAUUUAAUACAAAACCAAGUAAUAUUUUGUAUAUAAAAAUUAUUAUUGUUAUUUUUAAUUCCCAGUA